UUAUUUGCUUGGUUUUUAGUGUCGCUAAAUCAAAUUCAAAAUCAAAAUCAAAAUUCUAAAUUUCAAUUAUUACAAACUGAUAACGUAACUGAUAAUCGAAGUACUACACUAAAAAUGAAAGCAAAACAGAAACAGAAACUGAAACAGAAACAGAAAAAAAGUGUUUUGUGCGCGCCUCUGAUCCCCAAUCGAAAAAUAUAAUAAACUAUUGCAAGCAAAACUCAGUAGGCCAGAACUUAAAUGCUCUAACCAAAAGACCAAAAGCGAUCCCGACGAACGACACAGAACGACGAGGACGACUGAAUCAAAGCAACCACGGUGUGGUCAUUUCUGUACCGGUGUGCCGCUGCAGCUCCUGGUGCCGGCAUGGGUGCCAAUGUGUCGCAGCUGGAGCGGGAGAUUGGCUCCGAUCUGUUCCCGCCGAAUGAGCACUACUUCGGGCUGGUGAACUUUGGGAACACCUGCUACAGCAACUCGGUGCUGCAGGCCCUCUACUUCUGCAAGCCCUUCCGCGAGAAGGUCCUCGAGUACAAGGCCAAGAACAAGCGGCCCAAGGAGACGCUGCUCUCCUGUCUGGCGGAUCUAUUCUACAGCAUUGCCACGCAGAAGAAGAAGGUGGGCUCGAUUGCGCCCAAGAAGUUCAUCACCAGGCUGCGCAAGGAGAAGGAGGAGUUCGACAACUAUAUGCAGCAGGAUGCCCAUGAGUUUCUCAAUUUCCUGAUCAAUCACAUCAAUGAGAUCAUAUUGGCCGAGCGGAAUGCCGGACCCAGCAAUGGGAAUCCAAAGGCCUCGAGUCAAGGCGGUAGCACAAGUGCCAUGGCCAGCAGCAUAGCUAGCAAGUCCAGCUCCACGUCCAACUCGAAUUCCAACUCCAAUUCGACGACCAACUCAAAUGGCAACAGUAGCAACUCGACGGGAUCUCUGAAUGCCACCACCAGUGUGCUGGAUGCCAGUGGCAGUCUAACGGCCACCACAACGCCCAUAAUCUCAGGAAACGGAACUGGAACCAAUGGGGCCAACUCGGAGCCCACCUGGGUGCACGAGAUCUUUCAGGGCAUACUCACGUCGGAGACGAGGUGCCUCAACUGCGAGACGGUGAGCAGCAAGGAUGAGAACUUCUUUGACCUGCAGGUGGACGUGGACCAGAACACCUCGAUCACGCACUGCCUGCGGUGCUUCAGCAACACGGAGACCCUGUGCUCGGACAACAAGUUCAAGUGCGACAAUUGCUGCAGCUACCAGGAGGCGCAGAAGAGGAUGCGGGUGAAGAAGUUGCCCAUGAUCCUGGCCCUGCAUCUCAAGCGCUUCAAGUACAUGGAGCAGUUCAACCGGCACAUCAAGGUCUCGCAUCGGGUUGUCUUCCCACUGGAACUGCGGCUCUUCAACACCUCCGAUGAUGCCGUCAAUCCUGACCGACUCUACGACCUGACCGCCGUGGUCAUCCACUGCGGUUCCGGACCGAAUCGUGGCCACUAUAUAUCCAUUGUGAAGAGCCACGGACUGUGGCUGCUGUUCGACGAUGAUAUGGUGGACAAAAUCGAGGCUUCCACCAUCGAGGACUUCUACGGCCUGACCUCGGACAUACACAAGUCCUCGGAGACGGGCUACAUACUGUUCUAUCAGUCGCGGGACUGCGCCUAAACCCAUUAGAAGUUAAGCUGAAAGUUUCCAAUCUCCUGUGCGCGCAGCAAUGCCCAAAAUUGUAUGUCUUUUUACUAUCUAACCAUGCAUCUUAAUACUAGCUAUCAAUAAAGAUGAUCAAUACAGCAA